AUGAACCAAUUAUGGUUUAGAGAUUCAUCAACGACUGCAGCGAUUGCAACAAAUCUAGGAUUUCAAGCAAGACAAUCUUAUUUAAUUCAAGAGCCAAACACAAAAGGAAAAUUUUCCUUUUGCAUACCUCUAAAACAUAUUUUUGGAUUCUGUGAUACUUAUGAUAAAGUUGUUUUUGGAUUAAAACAUACACUUACUCUAAUUAGAGAAAGUGAUAAUAAUGCAAUUUUUAGAGGCACAGGUGCAGCUGUUGGGCAAGUCAAUCUUACUAAAGUAUCACUUUUUAUGCCACAUCUUAUGCCAUCUCUUGAAUAUGAAAAAAUACUUAAAGACAUAAUUAAAUCAAAAAAAACACUUCCAUUAUCUUAUAUUGGAAGGCAAUGUGAAUCAAAAAAUGUUGAUCCAGUUACUGAUUUUAAUUGGACGCUGAAUAUAACAACAACUAGUACAAAACCUAGAUUUAUUAUUAUCGGAUUCCAAACAAAUAAAAAUAACAAUCAAGAGCAAAAUCCUGCAAUAUUUGAUCAUUGUGACUUGAAAAAUAUGUACAUAAAACUUAAUUCACGAAGUUAUCCUGAAAUUGUUAAUUAUAAUCUAUCAUUUCCAGAUCAACAAUUCUCAAGAGCUUAUAGAGAUGCAACUCUAUUUACUGAAAAGUUAUAUGGAUUGAAUGAAUUUAUUUCACAAUGCAGCAUAAAUCCACAAGACUAUAAAAAUUUAUAUCCACUUUUUGUUUUUGAUGUAAGUAAACAAAUGAAAGUUACAAAACCAUCAAUAAUAGAUGUGCAAUUUAACGCAACAUUUAAUACAGCUGUUCCAGCAAAUACUAUGGCAUAUGCAGUUAUAUUGUCUGAUCGAAUAUUACAACUUAAUGCUGAUGGAAGCAAACUUCAAUAUAUAUAUUAG